UCCGGGGUAACGACGUCGGCCGUUCUUGAUGAUUGGAACGGGAUGCGCUGCGCGACGUCAACAAACUCCCCGCGUCACCUCUCUUGCCCGUCCAGUACCCUACGCCAUCUGGCGACAAAGUCUCGCUCAGUUCCACGAGCUGAACUCCAAUCCAUCGCCUGGUCUCCGGUCCAGAUCCGAACGUCCCAGACCCCUCAACAUCAUGGGCUGUUGAGCCCCGUCACUGCUCAGCUUGAUAAUCGCAUACUUGACUUCUAUCGCAGCCUCCAUAUUUGGUCGCGACCCCGACAAUAUUGACCAUGCCUUCUGCUCACAAAGGCAAAGGCAAGGGUCGCGACGUGCGACCGCCGCGCAGCCGCAACACCACCCCCAGCUCCAGCUUCAAUACCGCUCCGACCAACGCUCCUCCUCCUCCCUCAACCUACAUCGAUAACGAUGCAUCCAAGUUCAUCAUCCCUACGACCGUACAAUAUUCAGAGAUUCUCGAGCGAAUGGGCGGGGUCGGACCCAUCCCUGACUCCAAGUCCCUCGAAUCGUUGGUGGAACAUUUAAAGGUCUUGGGUGAUCUGGCAGAGGCCCGCGGUGAUGCCUGCAACGCCGGCAUUCGGGAGCUAUCCCAAAAACGCAAAGAGGUGGUGGAAGACCCGGAGCCUUUCGAAAGCGAACGUCCGAAGAUGAAACGGGAGGCCGACGAGGAAGAGGACAGCCCCAAGGCACUCAAAGGUGGCAAGCUGAAGAAGCGGAAAGAACGGGGCAGUAGUUCGAGAGAGGAGCGUCCGUUGAAUCAUGGGGCGCACGAGCUUGCGCGACAAGAUGGCGUGGGGGUGAAGCCAGAAAGUGUAACUUCCCCAGUAUCCAAAAAGUCGAAGAAGGCCGCCUCCGAAGACACCUCCUCCUUGUCGCCUCCGUCGCUAGGAUCUCCGAAACCCGAAGCUGACGCGGCCGACGGUGCAGCGGCGGCUGAAUCGCCAGGGUCGGAUGAUAGCUCAGACUCGCAUCAGCCGGAGCCUGCCCCCGCCGUGCCCCAGGUCCAGGUGUUCGGCCCGAACCCGCUCAAAUUCGAUGAUCCGACCGUUUAUGAGAUCCGAGACGUCACGCCGGACAUGACCGACGAUCAGAAGAAGGAGAUCUACUGCGUCAAUCGUUUCCCCAAGACAGACCUCAUUCACCUGAUGGCUGGGAUCCCGCCGGACCGGGACUUCAGCAAUGCCAAACCUACGAAUCAGGUCUCUGCCAACACUUUUCUAGCCUAUAUUGAGCCAUAUGUCCGCCCUUUGAUGGAAGAGGAUAUUGCAUUUCUGAAAGAGAAGGGCGAUCGAUCAACCCCGUUCAUCAUGCCCAGACGCGGCAAGAAGCACUACACCGAGAUCUGGGCCGAGGAGGACGGGAUGAUGAGCAUCGACCAAACCAACGGCGACAAAGAACGCCUGCCACUAAACCAGGGCCGCGGCAACAUCGACCAAGUGACCGACGACACUGUCGAAACCGACAAAGUAUCCGUGGGCCCGCUGGUCAGCCGCCUCUACUCGCUCCUCCGGUACGAGCACCGCCCAGCGUCAGACGACAGCACCAACACCAACGGCACCGUCAACGGGGACCCCCCCAACGGAUCCCUCAACGGCGGCGACUCCAUGGACCUCGACGCCCAAAUCGGCGGAGGCAGCGGCGGCGGCGGCGGCGGCGGUGACCCCUCCUCCGAGACCAAACCCCAACCAUCAGCGACCUCCUUCCCCGACGCCUCCCCCAGCGGAUUCAAAGUGCCCGCCGCCAAACUCGACCACUCGCAGCUCGACGAGCGCCUGAAGGCCGAACUCCGCCACGUGGGCUUCCUCAGCCAAGACGACAACCCGGACUACGACGCCCACUACGACGACGACAUCGCACAGCGACUCCGCCUCCUCCAGAGCGAGCUCAAAAAGCAGAUGAUCGCCAACAGCGCCCGCAAGGCCCGCCUCCUCGAGAUCGCCCGCGAGCGCAUGGCCUUCCAGGAGUACAUGACCAUCCACGACGACCUGGACUCGCAGGUCCAGCAGGCCUACCUGAAGCGCACCCGCACCCUGGGCAAGAGCAAGAAGGGCGCCCAGGCGAAGCAUCGCCCCGGAGGCGCCGGUGGCGGCAGCCACGUUGUCAGCGCUGCGGGCGUCGGCCGCCCCGCUAUCGGCGACGUGGCGCGUACCCUCCUCGAUCGCCGCAAGCGCUGGCAGGAGUGUAUCGGUCCGGUGUUCAAGGAUUGUAAGACGUCUGUUCCUCGUCAGGAUGAGACGAUCUUCGACACGGCGAUUAUGGCGGACUAUGAGAAGGCGGAGGUGGAGGGAUGGGAUGAGGAGCAGGAGUGAUUUUUUUUUUCUUUCUUGUCUCAUCUCUUCCUUUCUUCUUUUCUUUCUUUCUUGGUUUCUUUUCUUUUUCUUUUCAUUGUUUUCCCUUUCAGGUGUACAUUUUCCCAGCCUUUGUUUAUUUUAGCUUGGCGCCUCGUCGAGUACGAUGUUCUUUGAAGAGUGGAAGAGGUCCGGCGUCGUAUGGAAUUGGGGUAUGAGGUUCUUAUGAUAAUACACGGAGGCGUUGGCGAUGCUCGCUGUUCUGGGGCGUUCUUUACUAGCGGGUACAGCGAUGAGAAUUGGAAAAUCU